GCUCUUUUUUUUGUCAUAGGCAUCAGGAGUACAAGUGGCUGAUGAAGUAUGCCGUAUCUUCUAUGACAUGAAAGUUCGGAGAUGUUCCACGCCUGAGGAAAUCAAAAAAAGAAAGAAGGCGGUUCUCUUCUGUCUCAGUGACGACAAAAAGUGCAUUGUUGUGGAAGAAGGCAAAGAAAUCCUAGUGGGAGAUAUUGGUGUAACAAUUUCUGAUCCUUUCAAGCACUUUGUGCAGAUGCUUCCUGAAAAGGAUUGUCGUUACGCCUUGUACGAUGCAAGCUUUGAAACAAAGGAAUCGAAAAAAGAGGAGUUGAUGUUCUUCAUGUGGGCACCAGACCAGGCACCUCUCAAAAGUAAGAUGAUCUAUGCAAGCUCUAAGGAUGCAAUCAAAAAGAAGUUUCCAGGCAUAAAGCACGAACAUCAAGCAAAUGGACAAGAGAAGCUAGGAGGCUCCCUAAUCGUAGCUUUUGAAGGCUCUCCUGUGUAGAUGCCAUACAAGUGCCACAACUCGACAAGCAUUCCUUGUUUAAUAUAUCAAUGAAUUAUGUAAAGCAAACAUGCUAAACCAGGGGUUCAUUAAUGGUAGGGAAGCUGUCUGUCUUGUAGAAUACAGUAGACUUUGGAGAUGUAGUUGAUAUGUACAAAUGAUCCAAAAUAAAUCAAGUCGUAAGGAUU